AACACACUAAAAGAUGGGCAUUAACGUAAAUGUAACCGACCAUGUGAGAGAUCUAGACGUAUAUUUAAACUUUUGACUUCUUCUUCUUCAUGUUUGUAUCCCUCAAAAAGUCUCUGAACCAAAAAAAUAAAAAAAAAUAAUGGAGAAGAAACUUGGGAUUAUGUUCCUCCUCUUUGUUCUUCUUCUUCUUCAGUUCUCUGAGCUAAUUCGUACAGCUCAACGUCCUUUGCAAGGGGAUAACGAAGAAGAUAAUGGAAUCAAGUAUGAUAAUUGGCCUUCGGCUACUUCUGAGAUGGCCCAAGAAUUAUCACAUCUGAUGGGAGAAGAGAAAUGUGAGGAGAUGGAUGAAGAGUGUAUGAAGAGAAGAUUGAUCACUGAAUCUCACUUGGAUUACAUUUACACUCAAAGCCACAACAAGCCUUGAUUACCUCCACCUUUAUAUUUAUUUAUUUAUCAUCAUUAUUAUCAUCAUCAUUAUGUGAAGCUAAAAAUAAACUUUAGUUUCCAAGUAUAAAUAAUCAAAAACUAUAAAAGAAUGAAUUGUAU